UGUAAAUAUGUUUUUGAUGUUUGUGCAGUGGUCAGGUUGAGUCCGCCGGUGAGUCUGUGCACGAGUGUGUUCCUCAGACGGCAGUCGACGGCUGCAGCAGCUGCGUUUGCCAGCUCCACUGCUCCAGAGACUCAGGAGAACAGAAAACCCAAAACAGGGAUUCUGAUGCUGAACAUGGGCGGCCCGGAGAAGCUGGAAGACGUGCAUGAUUUCCUCUUACGGCUCUUCAUGGACACGGACCUCAUGCAGCUUCCUGUGCAGAAUAAACUCGGCCCUUUCAUUGCCAAAAGACGAACCCCAAAGAUCCAAGAGCAGUACAGCAAGAUCGGAGGAGGAUCUCCAAUCAAAGCCUGGACCACCAUGCAGGGAGAAGGGAUGGUCAAACUGCUGGACGAGAUGUGUCCCGAGACGGCUCCUCAUAAGUUUUACAUCGGUUUCCGGUACGUUCAUCCUCUGACGGAGGAGGCCAUCGAGCAGAUGGAGAAGGACGGAGUGGAGCGAGCCGUGGCCUUCACGCAGUACCCACAAUACAGCUGCUCCACCACAGGCAGCAGUCUGAACGCCAUCUACAGAUACUACAGCAGUCGCAGCGACAGGCCCAAGAUGCGCUGGAGUGUGAUUGACAGGUGGCCGACACACCCGCUCCUGGUCGAGUGUUUUGCUGAGCAUGUUGGUAAUGAGCUGGAGAAGUUUCCUGCAGAGAAGAGAGACGACGUGGUGAUUCUGUUCUCCGCUCACUCUCUGCCGCUGUCUGUGGUGAACCGGGGCGAUCCGUACCCACAGGAAGUUGGUGCGACGGUUCAGAGGGUGAUGGACCGAUUAGGACACUGUAACCCAUACAGACUCGUCUGGCAGUCAAAGGUGGGGCCGAUGGCGUGGCUGGGGCCGCAGACUGAUGAGGUCAUCAAGGGCCUCUGUCAGCGCGGGAAGAAGAACCUGCUGCUGGUGCCCAUCGCUUUCACCAGCGACCACAUCGAAACACUGCACGAGCUGGACAUCGAGUACUCGCAGAUUCUCGGGGAAGAGUGCGGCGUGGAGAACAUCAGACGAGCCGAAUCUCUGAACGGGAAUCUAUUGUUGUUAUGGGCGCUGGCGGAUCUGGUUCAGUCCCAUCUGAAGUCCAACGAGCCGUGUUCCCGUCAGCUCACCCUCCGCUGUCCGCUCUGCGUCAACCCCACCUGCGCUCAGACCAAGGCCUUCUUCGCCAGCCAGAAACCCUGACCUCUGACCUCUGACCUCUCAGCAGCCGUGAUCCCGACGGCAGCGCUGGACUCUAGGUUAGCUUAAACCCGUGCGGCUCGGAGGAUAAAGCCGGUGCACGAGGGUGAUUUCAGACUGAGACAAGUCAUAAGUGCCGCCCUCGUUUAAAAAACAAAUGCACUUUUACCCCGGCUUACAUUCCAACCGUAUACAUCCAAAAACAUCCGCAUCCUCUUCGCCUCUUGACUUUCCCUCUCAGUCUUUCCGUCCAGAUUUUUUCUUGCAUGUGAUUGAGUACGCUUGUGUCUUCCCUUAAAAAAAAACUAAAUGCAGUCCUAAAAAUAAAUGCAGAAACAGUCAGCGUGGAACAAAUGA